CAUCUAUCCAAAACAUUCACUCUAUCAUUUUCUCCAAUAACUAACCAAAUUCUUCUAGAACAAUUAUUCCAAAAUCAUGGCUUCUUCUUCUUUUCUUCUCUCCACUUCAAUUGCCGGCUCUAAACUCUCCGCCGCUGCACCACCGCCGAGUUUAGUUAGUUUCCGGCAGCGGCCGUUCUCUGUUUCCGCUGCUUACUCCACUGCGGAGAGGACUUCUACUACUAGUAGUAGUAGUAGCUCUACAAUAGCCUCACAUACAUCGUUAUACGAAGUUUUAGGGAUUCAAAUAGGAGCUAAUUCUCAUGAAAUUAAGUCUGCUUACCGGAAAUUAGCCAGAAUUUUGCAUCCGGAUGUUCAGAAUUCGUCGGCGGAGGACUUUAUUAGAGUUCAAUCAGCGUAUGCUACUCUUUCCGACCCGGAAAAACGUGCUAAUUAUGAUCGGAAACUAUUUGGGAAUAGAAUUGCAAGGCCUGUUGAUUUCUCACCGGCGGGAGCUCGUAGCCAUUAUACUGUUCGCCGGAAAUGGGAAACCGAUCAGUGUUGGUAGAUUUUUUCGAAAUCUCCCGCCCGAUUAGUCAUAAAUGUAGAUUUUAGCUCUCCUAAUCGAGAGGGACUUAAUUUCUGAUCGUAACUCAAAUCUGAAAUCUCGGAUUAAGAGGAAUAAGAUCAGUAUGUAAAUGUGACUUUAUGUAUAUAUUACUUUAAAAUUUUGUUAUGUUAUUUGUGUGGAAGAUAAAUAAUCAGACGAGGUUUUUGAAGUCUGAAAGUU